AGAGGAUCCCGUCAGUGCCUGGGAACCUGAGGGAUCCUGGAGGGACAGAGAGGAGACAGAGACAGGACAGGGGGGACCAUCGGGGUGAUAAUGCUGUGAGGAGAGCUGCUCAGGGAAAGCUAAACCAGGUUGUUCCUUUAUCCUCGUCUGAAUCCUGAAAGCGUCCCGUGCAGGAUCUGGUCUGGUCUGGUCUGGUCUGAGCGGACUGCAGCACCAUGGGAGCCUCCAGCGACAAGGUGUUUCUACACACCUCUCAGUAAGUCUAAAUUGUUAUCAUCUUCCGGUCCGUCGGUGAUGGAAAAUCAGGAGCCAGGGGCUAACAUUAACUGGUUAACUGCUAAGAAUCAAAAACAGGCGUCUCUCCUAUCAGGGCUGCUUGUGUUCUUGCUCUGUGUCGUCUCCUCUCUCUGCCAGGAUGAAUAUUCUGGAUACCACUCAGGUGAGGAACACACCUAUGAAGGCUCCAUGGUCGACCACUUCGACAACUCAGCCUCUCCUCAGCCAGAGUAUCCCCCUGAGCCCACUCAGAGCUACGAAGAAGACCAGCAACCCGCGGAGGGGGACUACGACCUGUACGGCCCUGAACCCACGCAGGUCACCAUGAUGACCGAGGACGCCUUCCCCUACGCCACCACUGCUGAGUCUCACUACGCCAAAGAAGACACAGAGACCAUGCAGGUCCCAUAUGACACCGACUCCUUGGAGGAGGAGUCCGGGGGCGAGGUGGAGGGGCCGACGGAGUGCGACUGUGAACCCGGACAGCCCGGAUUUGCUGGCUUUGCAGGACCAAAGGGAUCCAGAGGUCUGCAGGGUAAAGGGGGUGAGCCAGGGAUUCAGGGCAGAGAGGGUUAUAAAGGAACCAAAGGGGUUCGGGGAAAAGGAGGCGACACAGGACCAGUGGGCGACGCCGGACCUGAGGGAGAUGACGGAGGUUCUGGUUUCUCUGGCGCCAUGGGAGAACCUGGACUUAUAGGAGACCCAGGCGUGCAAGGAGAGUUUGGUCUGAAGGGUGACGUCGGGAUGGAGGGACCCCGCGGAGGAGUCGGAGGUCCGGGUGAGACUGGCCCUCGGGGUGACGUUGGGUCUCCAGGACCAAAGGGCGGUAAAGGCAUAAAGGGUUCCCGCGGUGAUGAAGGCAAAGAGGGCGCUCAGGGACGAGAUGGACAGAAGGGUCAGGUCGGCGCUCCAGGGUUUCCAGGCGACGUCGGCGACAGAGGAUACACCGGUUACACUGGACAGCAGGGACCCAUCGGACCCACUGGACCAAAGGGCACUAAAGGUCUCGGCGGCCUGCCGGGCAGCGAUGGUGACCCCGGAGAAGACGGUCCUAUGGGAGUCACGGGUGUAAUGGGAGAGCCUGGACUGUUUGGAGCCAAGGGCCAGAAGGGGGAUCAGGGUGUGAAAGGACCCCGAGGCAGAGUGGGCGCUGUGGGAGCUGAAGGAGAGCAAGGAGACGCCGGAGUACCGGGGAAACCAGGACCAAAGGGCCUGCAGGGCCAGCCUGGGUCCAAAGGUGAGACAGGACCCGAUGGUGUGAAGGGCGCAGCAGGAACGAAGGGCAUUAAAGGUGUAAAAGGACCAAAGGGCGGCAGGGGAGACCGUGGAGACAAAGGACAGCAUGGUCCUAAAGGUGCAGUCGGUCGUACCGGCGGCCCCGGCCCCGUGGGAUCGCCCGGCAUCCCGGGUACCAGAGGAGAGCGCGGGGCGAUUGGGGACCUCGGUGUUAAAGGCCAAGCGGGACCCAAAGGAGUUCCAGGUCCCACUGGUCCCGGUCUGACUGAUGAGCAGGUCCUGCAGCUCUGCAGGGGCGUGGUCACGGCCCAGAUCUCUCAGUACGCCGCCUCCAUCCGGGCCAAGUGCUCCCAGGGCUGCCCCGUCAACAACCGGACCCUCAUUGGGCCUCCGGGGGUCCCUGGGUCGGCGGGGUCACUGGGCAAACCUGGUAAACCAGGAAAAGUCGGAGCGAAAGGAGCCCGAGGACCUCAAGGAGACCGCGGACUGGAGGGACAGGAAGGAGCAUCGGGUGACCGAGGUAAAAAGGGACCGAAAGGCCUCGCAGGUGAUCCAGGUCAAGGUCUGGCGGGACCCGACGGACCACAAGGCGUAAGAGGUCUGCCAGGUCACCCUGCAGAACCCAAAGACGGCAUGGAGGGUCCCCGAGGUCCUCGUGGCUUCCCCGGUCCAGUUGGUCAGACCGGCAUGCUCGGGAACGCGGGCGUGCCGGGAUUCUGCGAGGCGCGGGACUGCAGCAUCCACGCGCCGGUGAUGCGCAAAGAGCAGGGUCUGGUGAAAGGACCCGUGAGUUUGAAAAUGUGAACCUGAACACGAGCGACGAGUCCCGCCGUGAGAUUACAGAGCGUCUGAAAUUCCCCUGGUGGCAACUUUAAGGUUUGUCUCAUUGAAUAAGAUUAAGUUUGUUUAAAAGCUGCGAAUGAUUCGCUCGUUCUUUGCAAAUGUCAGGGGACCAAGUGUAGUACCCUGGGGUGCUCCGCUGGUGGGCAGGGUUGGUAAGAAAUAGGAAAAAGAGCAGGAAUGAAACCAUAAAAGACAAAGAUUUUAGAGUUUUUUUAUACUCUAUGAAGAUCCACACACUGUUACAGUGUUGAACAGGAACAAUGACGUCUGAGGGGGUUUAUUGAGUUUGAUGAAGACAGCAAAUUAUUCCCCACCGAUUCCUUCCUCCCUUUGGUUUAUUUUUUAUUUUUUCUGGAUCCCUAAAGUCAGUUUUGUUGGUAAAAAUAAACAGAAAUAAAAAAAGCUAUGUAAAUAUUUUGUAAAGUAUCUCAAAUACAUGUACUGUGCUCUGGAAUACGUUUCAGAUAAACUGUCUGAUGUUGUUUU